AAUGCCCUGAGGCUGCUUAUAAAGAGAAGACAUGGCUUAGACCCCAGAAGGAGGCAGUGGCUGCAAGUCCCCAGUGUCAGCUCUGCUUGGCCACUGCUUGAUCUCACACUCUGCUACCCAGCGACAUGGAGGUCCCCAAGGCUGCCCUGGCUGUCCUGCUUCUCACCGCGACACUCUGUUCCCAGACCUGCUCUUCCUUUUUUGGUGCCGACACCCCCACCUCCUGCUGCUUCGUCUAUAUCUCCCGGCAGAUUCCACGCAAAUUUGUGGUCGACUAUUAUGAGACCAGCAGCCAAUGCUCCAAGCCCGGUGUCAUCUUCCAAACCAAAAGAGGCCGGGAGAUCUGUGCUGACCCCAGGGAGGCCUGGGUCCAGGAAUACAUCACCAACCUGGAGCUGAAUGCCUGAGUGGCCUAGAAGCUACAAGAAAGGUGUUACUUCUAUGUGCAGACUGGGGGGCAGUCACCUGAGCCAAGGCAAUGACCUUGGAACUCUGGAGGCACCUCUCCUAUGGGUCACACCCCCACCCCCAGCCACACGCUACAGCCCUUUUUAACUUUAAUUUUAGUU